AUGCCCUCAUCAAUGCUGCUCACGUCGCUGGUCCUCGCAUUGACCUGCCUGAUCAAUGUACAGGCUCUCUACAGCAAAUCAUCUCCAGUGCUUCAAGUUACGGCAAAGACGUAUGACUCUCUGAUUGCACGGUCCAACCAUACCUCUAUUGUCGAGUUCUACGCCCCGUGGUGUGGACAUUGCCAAAACCUCAAACCUGCAUACGAAAAGGCGGCAAAGAAUCUAGCUGGCCUAGCCAAGGUCGCGGCUAUCGACUGUGAUGACGAGUCCAACAAACCUUUCUGUGGUCAGAUGGGUGUCCAAGGCUUUCCGACUCUAAAGAUCGUGAGACCAGGUUCCAAACCAGGCCGCCCUGUUGUCGAGGAUUACGCGGGCCCCAGGUCGACCAAAGGCAUUGUGGAUGCGGUCAAGGACAAAAUUCCAAAUCAUGUUAAGAGAUUAUCGGGUGAUGCCUUGGACAAGUGGUUGGACGCCGAAGAUGCUGUGGCAAAAGCUAUUAUAUUCACGGAUAAAGGUACAACCAACCCGCUAGUCAAGAGUAUAGCCGUCGACUUCCUCGGCAGCAUCGCUUUCGCCCAGGUCCGAGACAAGACUGCCGCUGAGAAGUAUGGGGUCUUCGAUUUCCCAGCGAUACUGCUGAUCCCCUCUCAUGGGGCUACGCCCGUUCCAUACGAUGGCGAGAUCAAUCGAGAAUCCCUGGUGAGCUUCUUCAGCCAGAUUGCUCCGCCAAAUCCAGAUCCAGCACCGAAGAACGCAAAGCCAGCCAAGUCGUCAAGCAAAAAAUCCAAGUCGAAGCCGUCAUCAUCGGCUUCAGCUGCUUUCUCGAGAGCGUCAGCGGCCCAUAAAUCCUCCGACUUUGAUGAGCAUCUCGCAGGUUCUGGCACGAUCAUUCUUGACGACGACAGUCCUACCGAAUCUCCUCUGCCAAUUGUCGAGGUUGAUGAAAAGCCGAUGGUUAUCCCAGAAGCCAUUGCUCCGAUCCCUACACUGUCUACUUCUGCAGAAGUAGAGGCUGCUUGUAUGAUGCCAAGAAGUGGUAAUUGCAUCCUGGUGCUGCUAGCCACGUCGCAAGAAACGCCAUCUGAACCGGCCACAUCAGCGCUGGCAGGCUUUGCCGAAAUCGCCCACAAGUACAACAAGCGCAAGGCCAGUAUGAUACCUACUUUCGCUGUCCCUGCUGACAACCAAGCUGCCACCCGGGUCAGGAAUGACCUGGGUCUUGGACAAGAGGAGCAGAUGGAAAUCAUCGCAACCAAUAUGAAGAGGGGCUGGUGGAGACGAUACUCGAGUAAUUCUUACGAUGUUCUUGACUUGGAGAAUUUCAUCGACGCUAUCAAGCUCGGAGAAGGUUCCAAGUCAGCAUUUCCCGCUGGCUUUGGAGUAGUGACAGAGAAAACCUCGGAUCCUGAUUCCACAGUGACGCUCGAUGUCACUGACCCUGUCGAGACUACCGAAGAAAGUGAUAAUCUUGCCAGCCCAGAGCCGGAACAGAGUCCAGCGGCUGAGGAUACCGAUACCGUUAUCAGUGGUACGGAAACAGAACCAGAACCUGAAGCGAGUCCGAGUGCUGAGCAUGAUGAGCUCUGA